UCACCAGAGGUCAGCACCAUAGUGUACUCGGUUAUUUGAUUUGCAAAAAACAAAUUGUGUUUUGAGAUCACUUGUCUUCAGUAUUUUACUAUUUUUAGCUAAUUCAGUUUAACUUUGCUUUUCCAUUUCACUCAAAAGUUAACAAAGAAUGGCAUGUCAUCCAGUUGGUGGUGUGUGGGCAGAGAACACACUGGAGCGCGCCACACGGAUGGGUCAGGAGGUGCUCCAGAGAACGGCAUCACGUCAGGUCUGUUGGCCCAGUGAGAAGGAGCAGGGCAAGAAUCCUAUUCAGGACCCUCUGGUGUAUACGACGCUAGAUGAAGCAUUUGCAUCAGUGUUGCAGUAUAUGUCGGCCACAACACGACAGUGCAAGAGGUUUUACAAAACGUCUUCCCAGUGCAAGUCUCAGUAUGACGAUCUUCACUGCAGGAGAUUUCACAAUGCAGAAAAUGUGUUCAAGAACAAGGGAAACCCUUUGCAGAGAUCUGAAGACGUUCACAUUGUAGUUAACCCAGGAACCUAUGCCGUCAGCUCUGGAAUCUGGGGAACAGGACAACAGCAGACACAUGUUGUUCACGUCAAGGAUGGCAACUCUGUGAACGUUGAUUUUGUUCUUUGACCAUUUCAAACAUACGUUACUGAUGUUCAUUGUGAUCGAAAGUAGGAGGCUGUGUAGAAAAAAAAAUACUGAGCACAGUGAGAUGUAAGCAAGAAAAGUGUGGAAGUAAUGGCAGAAGAAGCUUUAGAAAAUUGCUGUUUACUAAUGAACACACUUUACGUAUGAAUAUGUUGGAGCUCUGCAUUAACUUGUCCUAUAGGACUAGUGCCUCCCCAAAUAUUUAUUUUUCUUUUGAAAGAGUUGAGCAGCAAAACAUUCGCUCAAGUAAAAAACCAUAAUCGGCAUUCAUGAAUAUUUUUAGCAUUUUCUCAAUAUGUUAUUUUCAAAUGACUUAUAUUACAUAAUAGAAUAUACAACUUGCCUUACCCCAAAAAACGUAUCCUGGGCAAGUGUUAAUGUAGAGCCCUGGUUAAGUGUAUUGUGAUAUUAGUUUGGUCAGCUCUGCAGUGUCUGUAGUGCAUGGCAAGAACUGCUUCAGUGGUGAAAAACCUUCACAGAUAUGUGAUAUCCCUUUAAAAAACCCCAUCAGUUAUGAUACACAGGUAGCAUUUUACACAUUGUAGCAGAUAGCAGGAUCUUUCUGUAAUUUGUAGAUUGGGAUUAGCUUCUGUGCAAUACGCCACUGGUAUUUAUAAAAACAUUCUGCAAUAUGUUUUAUAAUGUAUUUAUUAAAAUUUGUAUAACACAUUUUAUAAAAUUUACAGACAAGUAUAAUAAUGUCAUGAAUAGAUGAAAUAUCUCCCACUCGCCCAAAAUCAUUUUGACACUUAAAAAAAAGAAGACGGUACUUUCAUGGAGGGGGGGGGGGGGGUGAAGCUAUGUGGUUUUCUGCAGUAAUACUGUUUAAAACUCCACACCAAGAUGCCUAUAGGAAGGAUAUUUGAAGCUGUGUGGGUGAGUGGCCUAAUAAUAAUAAUGGUAACCUUUUAUUAUUUCACAAUUUAUUAAAACACUCAAUUAUGUUACAUAAUAAGAUUAAGAGAAAUGCAUUAUAAAUGAUUAGGACUAAUGUGCAUGAGGAAUUGUAAAGUUGAUAAAUGUUAUAAAAAAAUAAAAAAUAAAAAUUAUUUAUAUACCUGCUAUAUUGCCAUACAAAUAUUUAAUAUAUUCUGAUUCAUGAUUUAAAUGUGUUUUUGUAAUAAACUGUUACUUUUUA